GUGCAGCAUUUGGGAAAUUAGAUCAGACCAAAGUGGCCAGAGACCUAUAAGGGUAUCUUACAAACGUCUCUAGAAGAGUUUUUUUUUUACCAGGAAGUGUACUUGUCAGAUCACAGAGCCAUCAUCGACCAUGGACGCUGAAGGCAAUACAACUGAGUUACUUCAAGAACAAACAGAAAUAGCAGGUACAGAACUUACAGAAGUAGGUACAGAGCCUGAUAGAAAUGGGUGGAUCCCGUUGUUACUCCUGCUUUUCGUGUUCAUUAUGAUUGCGAUCAAUGGUAUCAGCCUGGCCGCCUUUGCCGUCGAGAAACGGCUGCGUGGCUACAACAACUACUUCAUCAUAAAUCUCACUCUCUCGGACUUUAUCUUCGGGUUUUUUCUCGUCAUUACAUGCUUACACAUGUACCUUGGGCGUCUUCCCUUUCCCUUUCCGGUUAGGUGCAAGGUGUUCUACGGUGUCAGCAGCAGCAUCCAGUUCGUAUCUAACCUGAUCAUCGUCACCAUCUGCGUUGACAGACACCGGGCAAUCUACGAUCCCAUCGGACAUUUCACAAGACGAAGAAAACGAACGGCGCUUUACACCAACAUCUGCGUGUGGAUCGUUUCUUUUGUUUUCUGGUUUUCAUUCUCGACAGUUCCUGACUUUUUCCUGCAGUUUCGGCUCGGUUCAGAGUGUUUUCACUGGUAUUCUGUGUUCCCAAUCGCCCAAUUCUCGACCGUACUGAUCCGCUUCAUCAUCCCUUUCACCAUAACGUUGAUUCUCUACAUACGGAUCUUUAUAAAGAUUCGAAGGAUCGCCGGUGGAAGGCACAUCGACAAGGAAUUUACUGAAGACACCGCAGUGUCAGAUCAUAGUCUAGCGGAAGAUAAUUUCAAGGAAAAUAAACAGCGCCCUCAAGUAAAUACAAUAUCUGGAGUUCAGAAAGCUGCCAUUCGUGAGUCAGCCUCUGAGGUUCGAAGCGCCACCAAGACUCUACUCUUCAUCGUAUUGGCCUUCUUCAUCACGUGGUUGCCAAUGUCUCUUAUGUCGAUUGUCAUCACUAUCGAUCCAACGCUCGGCUAUCCGCGGAUACCCCUCUGGGCUUAUUGGAUACCUAUAUGGAUCAUUUACUUGAACGGUCUACUCAAUCCAAUUUGUUAUGUCAUCUCCCAACCGCUCUUUAGGAGAACCGUAUUUGGUUUGCUCUGCCAUCCUAUCCGGUAUUGUCGUUGCUAGGAUAAUUACCCCCACCCGCCUUCACCAUUACACAGAUACAGAACCACCGUUUAUUACAAAACGUAGUUUCAAAAUCUAUUGUAGAACAUUUUGGACUGUAUAAUUAAACACACGUUCUGUUAAGAUAAAAGAUGUGAAUAUGAACACGAAAUCACUGUUUGUCAUCGAGUUCUAUGGCGAAUUAAUGCCCCGACACUUUGAUUUGUUGUACGAUGUUAAUAAGUCUAGUAAUCAUUCAGGUAUAUGUUUGGUGACAAAAUAGAAUUGGUGUUAUGUGGUAACAUAAACAAGAGAUUAUUAUCCUUGUGCUUACUCGCGCAGGCGCACUAUAGCCCGUUUUUUUAAGGCAAUCUUAACUUGUAGAACAUGUCAAAAUUCGGUUUACAUUGCAUGUUUCUUUCGUUUACAGCGGUCUAUUGUCUUACCUUUAUUCGCCAUUCCCAGAGAGUUUUAAAUGGUUUGAAUGUCGAAUGUACUUAUGAAAUGAACCUGUAAUGUUAGAGAUUGGUGUCACAAUUGGCUAUCCAUAGUUAAACCACAAAAUUAGGCCAGAGUUGUAAAGUAAACACGGGUUCAGAAUAUGGUUCCUAGUCUCUUUCUCACUCUCUCACACACAUAUUACAAUGUUUCUUUCUUUAUUUUACCAUCACUAUCGUCAUCAUCGUCGUCGUCAUCACCAUCAUCACCAUCAUCAUAAUCAAAAGCAUCAACACGACCGUGACAUAUUUUAUGGUCUAUUUUUCGCUAAAUUUAUUCUGCAGCGUGGUCAAAGACAAAGGAUAUUGAGAAAGAUAAAAAUCUUGGGGUGCAAUAUCAUUAAAAUUGAUAAAGUAUGUCAUAACCUUUUCUGUUUCUAGGGUAAGUUGUUACGAAAGCGUAGUUGUGUCCUUAAAUGGCAAAAAUGAUUUCAGUUACCCAACACCUGAUGUCCUAGCAAUACUUUGCUUUGCUAAAAAUAAAUUCCUUCUUAGAUCGACCUACAGGUAAUUGCCGUUUCUCUUUUUACAUUCUCCUAGGAAAAUAUAACAUCUUUAAGGUGUAAAUAGAAGCACUUUCUCGCGUAGGCCAACGUCUUUGUAAGAACAGUUGGAAAAAAAUAAAUAUCCCUAAUAAAAACUAAAUUAUUUUUUUCAAAGGCGAAAAAUGAAUUAAUCAGGGACUCGUCGAUAUCGCUGCCGUACAGGUACGGGGGCAUCGGGGCGCUGGCCCCAUAAGUUUUACGAUC